AUGGAUAGAAAAUUCAGUAAAACGUGCAAUAAAAAAGCUGAUCAACUUGAUCAUUCUCUUCAAGAUCUAUCACGUCGUGUACGCGAUUCAUCAUCAUUAAAUACAACAUCAAUAUCAUCACGUUUAACAUUUAAUAAAGAAAUAUUUCAAUUUAAUGAAAAUAUAUCGCAAGCAAAUAUAUCACAAUGGCGUCGUGAAUAUCAACGUAAUCAAUUAAAAGAAUUAAAAACAAUAUUAAUUGAAUUAGAUAAAGCUGAUAGUAAAAAUCAAAUAACUAAAGCAGUUGAACAAUGUCGAGAUAUUUUAACUAAAUAUCCUGAUCGUAAAUGUUUAAUUGCAAAUUUUGAAAUGGGUAAUGAUACUAAAAAUUUAAGUACAGUUAUCAAUCAAAUCCGUACACAAUCAACGGAUGUUGCUAUUAUGUUAUUCAGUGUUGAUCAUGAAACAGAUAAAUUUGUUUGCCUUGCUAAUGUAUCUGAUGUUCAAGUUAAAGAAAAACACUUAAAAGCUAAUGAAUGGGUACAAAAAGUAAUUGCUGAAGCAAAUGGACGUGGUGGUGGUAAAGAUACUCAAGCUCAAGCAACAAAUUGUGAUGCUAAACAACUUGAUCAUUGUGUUCAAUUAGCAGAAGAAUUUGUACUUCUCAAACUCAAUUCGAGCAGUUAA